AUGCCUGAUCGCUCCGAAGUCGCCUAUUUUGGCGCUGGUCCCGCCCCUCUCCCUACUCCUGUCAUUGAGACAGCCGCUCAAGCAUUUGUGAACUUCCAAAACACUGGGCUUUCCCUCGCAGAAAUCUCGCAUCGCUCUUCAACAGCGAACAAGGUCCUCGCUGACGCCAAAGAGGCCUUGGCAACCUUGUAUGAUAUUCCGACGGACGAAUACGACAUCAUGUUCAUGGAGGCCGGAGGGACGGGGGAGUUUAGUGCCGCCCUGCAGAAUCUAGUGGGGUGUUGGAUCGAGCGCCGUCGGAGGAAGGCCGUGGCGGAACUUGGUGAAAGCAACGCAGCCGAAGUCCUGGAGCGUGUCAAGAAGGAGAUUGAGGCAGAGUUGAAGGUUGACUAUGUGAUAACGGGAUCUUGGUCUCUCAAGGCUUGUCAGGAAGCAACGAGACUGAUCGGUGCCAAAUAUGUUAACGUUGCCGUUGACGCUAGGAAGAGCAACAACGGCAAGUUUGGGAAGAUUCCAGACGAAAGCGAGUGGAAACUAACACCGAAGGGGAGUGCAUUGACUUACUUGUGCGACAAUGAGACUGUGGAUGGUGUCGAAUAUCCCAGUUUCCCCAAAGUCUUGGAGAACACCAGUGGCAAUGAAGAAGACGACAGAAUCGUGGUUGCUGAUAUGUCCAGCAACUUCGUCAGUCGAAAGAUUGAUGUUCGAAAUUACGGCGUCAUCUUCGGCGGCGCUCAAAAGAACCUUGGUAUCGCUGGCAUUACCGUGGUCAUCAUUCGGAAAUCCUUGCUUAGCCUUGUCCCACCUCCCACAUUCCUGCACGCCCUGUCCCCUGUCAUCCCGACUUCAGGAUGUCUACCGCCCAUCAUGCUCUCCUUCUCCACCAUCGCUGCCAACAACAGUCUCUACAAUACUCUUCCAAUCUUCAACCUUUACGUGGCGACUUUGGUCCUGCAGCGCCUCGUCUCCGCAUUCGGCCCCAACAAAGUAUCUGGUCAGGAAGAGGUCGCCAAUCAAAAGGCCAAACUAUUAUAUGAGACCCUUGACUCUCAUUCAGAAACGUACCACAUCGUCCCGCACAAAGACGCACGGAGCAGAAUGAACAUUUGCUUCCGGAUCAUCUCCGGGCCGAAGUCAGACAGCGGAGAAGUCGUGCCUGAUGAGGCCAAGGAGAAGGCUUUCCUUUCCGGCGCGGAAGAGCGAGGGCUUCUUGGUCUUAAAGGUCAUCGAUCCGUCGGUGGAAUAAGAGCGAGCAACUACAAUGCCGUCCCGCUGGAGAAUGUACAGAAACUGGCCGGUUGGUUGGUCGAAUUUGCCAAGUCAUGA